AACCUUUCUUAUCCCUCCCUGCCUUUCCUUCUUCACUCUCACUCUCUCGCCCUCUCUCCCCUCAAUCAAAAGGUUUUGCACGCAAUAUUAAAAACCCUACUCCCUCUCCCUCUCUCUCUUCUCUCUCUCUCUCUCUCAUCACCAUGGAUUCAAGCGAAGCAACGAAGACUGUAUUCUCCAGAAUCCAAACCUUAGAUCCCGAAAACGCCUCAAAAAUCAUGGGCUUCAUCUUCAUACAAGACCCCGGAGAGAAAGAAAUGAUCCGCUUGGCCUGCGGACCCGAAACCCUCCUGCUCUCCCUCAUAAACCAAGCCAAGUCCCACCUGGGGCUUUCGUCGAACAUCUCGUCCGCGCCCCCGACCCGCCCCCGAAUCAUCAUCCCGAACAACAAUGGCUUCCACAUAAACCCUUCCUCUUCUUCCUCGCCUUCCCCUUCCUCCCCUUGGUCCGUCUCCGGAUUCAACAGCCCCAGCCCUAGACCCUCCCCUUCUUCUUCCCUCUCCUACGCCGCCGUCGUCAAUGGAUCAACUACGAAUAACCCGUUGCCGAUUAGUUCCUCACUCUCUCUCCCCGUGCUAUACAACCACGACCAACAACAGAACCUCUCGUUCCUCGACGACGCCGCGUCGAAGAGCCUCGACUUUAUGGACCCCGUGAUGAGCCCCAGCGGGCGCAGCGACUCAAUGCUGUUACCGUACGGUACUAACAACAACAAUGCCCCGCACGGGCAUUUUCAUAGGAGGAGUUAUUCUGUGAAUGAUGAGUUUCUGAGCGGUGGGUUUGAAGAGGGAGGGGGUGGGCUGGUGGGGGGUGGGUGGAGGCCGUGUAUGUACUUUGCUCGAGGGUUUUGUAAGAACGGGGACAGUUGCAAGUUUUUGCACGGUGGAUUUGGUGGUGAGUUUAUUAACGAUGCUGCUCCCAUUGGUGGUGGUGGGUCUUGUUCGCCCGGGAAGAUUGAUGGGUUUGAUGAGUUGCUGAGGAUGAAGGCGAUUCAGCAGCAGAGGUACGCUGCUGCGGCUUCUCAGCUCAUGGCCGGUGGUGGUGGUGCUUUCCCGUAUAAAGGCAUGAACUUUGACUCUCCAAGAUCUGCGGCAGCGGCAUUGAUGAUUGGGGAAGAAUUUCACAAGUUCGGGCGAUGCCGGCCUGAAAGAAACGAUUUUUUGGCAAUGGGUUUCGGAGGAAAUGGAAACUCUAGCUCUAGACAGAUUUACUUAACGUUUCCAGCGGAUAGUACGUUUAAGGAAGAAGAUGUCUCGAAUUACUUUAGCAAGUUUGGACCAGUUCAGGAUGUAAGGAUUCCAUACCAGCAGAAGCGUAUGUUUGGGUUUGUCACGUUCGUUUACCCGGAGACUGUGAAGAUGAUUUUGGCCAAAGGGAACCCUCAUUUUGUUUGUGAUUCUCGCGUGCUUGUUAAGCCUUACAAGGAGAAGGGGAAAGUCCCAGAGAGGAAGCAUCAGCAGUAUCCGUUGGACAGAGGAGAAUUUUCAUCGUGUUUAAGUCCACCUGGGCUCGACUCUGGAGAGCAGCCCUUUGAUCACAUUGGAGCAACUAUGUUAUACAAUACAAAAGAGAUGAUUUUGAGGAGAAAAAUGGAAGAACAGGCUGAAUUGCAGCAAGCCAUUGAACUCCAGGGAAGAAGGUUGAUGCAUUUGCAACUUAUGGACUUGAGGAAUCAUCACCACAACCUCAGUCAUCAAUUACAGCCAAACAUGGCUUCCGGCAUUCCCAUUCCCUCUCCUCCGCAAUCUCGCCUCGAUAUCAAUCAGAGUCUUGUGCUUCGGUCAGAUGGGGUCAAUCAGGAUGUCUCAGAAGUUGCUGAGAAAAACAGUAGCCCAGCUGCAGCCAACUCUCUAACUGUUGCUACUGAUCAUCAGCAAGAAGUAAAAGAAGCUUGUGAUGACGUCAAUGGCCUUGAAUCCAGCGACAGCAAUGGCCUUGACAAUGAUGAUUUCCAUGAGAGUUUAGAGCAUAUCCUACCGGAUAACCUCUUUGCUUCUCCUACGAAAUCAGCUGGUGACCACAGUUCUAUCUUCUCUACUGGUUUGCCAGACGCUGAUGAUAACUCCUCAGUUAUAACAACUACUACUACUUCAUCUAACACCAUCCCAAUGCUUCCCUCCACUUCUACCCUCACUAUGGCUUCUCUAAAAUCUUGUUACUUCCAAAUGCCGAGAAGCCAUUGAAAUAGGUGAUAGAGGGGACCAUGGGCAGCAUGGAGGGAUUGACUUAGCUUUGAAAGGAAGGUUUGAGUAGGGGCAUAUACAAGGAAGAAAAAGUCCUCUAGCUGUAUAGCCAAAAAACCAUACCCACAACAAAAAGAUCUGUAAGGAAGAUCUCCUCAAGAUUACUGUCAUCAUCAAUACCAUACUACUUACAACUAUACAUAUAAUGCAUACAUAAAGGACAGAUGAACUAAUUGAUGAGAGUGGGGUCUCCGUUUCUUUACUUUUGUACCCUCUCUGUAGUUGUGUGCUGGACCACACCAGAACAGUAGCAUAACAAAGAGCUAGUAGAGUUACUUUCUAAUAUAUUGUUGAUUACCUUGUUUAUCAGUA